AUGUUCGGGCUCUACAGGACCUUCAGCAGCGCGCUUUCCUACCUCACGCUGGCCGUCGGCCUCGGAGGGCUGGUGGGGAACGGGCUGGUCCUCUGGCACCUGGGCGUCCACAUCAAGAAGGGCCCCUUCUCCGUGUACGUCCUCCACCUGGCCGCCGCCGACUUCCUGCUCCUCUGCUGCCAGACGGCCUCCUCCAUCGCCCAGGCCGCCCUGGGCGCCCAGGACAGCCUGUACCUCGCCGUCACCUUCUUGGGCUUCUCCGCGGGGCUGGGGCUGCUGGCGGCCUUCAGCGCCGAGCGCUGCCUGUCCCACCUCUUCCCCACCUGCUACGCGGGCUGCCGGCCCCGACACACCUCGGGCAUCGUGUGCGGCCUCGUCUGGGCCCUGAGCCCGCCGGCCACGCUGCUGCCGGCCCACGCCUGCGGCCUGCUGCGCACCCGCGCCCGCCUGCUGCCCUGCACGUGGUACCAGGCGGCCGGCGCCACGUGGCUGCUGUCCCUGGCCCGCACGGCCUGCGCGGCGACCCUGCUCCUCUUCCUCUGGGUGACCUGCUGCUCCCGGCGCCCGCGGCCCAGGCUAGGCGUCGCGCUGGGCUCCGGGCUCCUGCUGCUCUUCUGCGGCCUCCCCCUCGCCUUCUCCUGGAGGCUGCGGCCCCUCCUCGGCCUCCUGCGGCCCGUGCUCCUCCCGCUCGCCACCCUCCUGGCCUGCGUCCACGGCAGCGCCAAGCCGCUCAUCUACUUCACGGCCGGCCGGCAGCCGGGCAAGCGCGAGCCGCUGCGGGCCGUUCUGCAGAGGGCGCUGGGGGAGGAGGCCGGGCUGCGCGCCAGGGGCCAGUCCCUGCCCGUGGGCCUCAUAUAG